AUGGACAACGACUCGAUACACUCGCAGGAGCCGCAAGCGGGCCAGGAUGGAAAGAAGGAAAAGAGCAGGAGGCCGCCCAACACGGCGUUCCGACAGCAGCGCUUGAAGGCAUGGCAACCCAUCCUCACGCCCAAGACAGUGCUGCCCUUGUUCUUCGCCGUCGGAGUGAUAUUCGCGCCCCUGGGAGGACUGUUGCUGUGGGCGAGCUCGCAAGUCCAGGAGCUAUCCAUCGAAUACCAACACUGCACACGCGAUGCCACAGCAAACUUUACAAACGUACCAUCAGACCUUGUUUCGAGCCACUUCAAGAAUUCAACAACGCCCUCGCAAGUCCCCCAAUGGCGCACCUACAACGACACCGUGUCGUACCACAAUGGCACCGUCAACGUCGAGACUGCCAUUUGCCAGUUGCGCUUCUGGAUCCCUGACGACCUGGCCCCGCCCGUCCUCUUCUACUACCAACUCACAAACUUCUACCAGAACCAUCGCCGCUAUGUCAAGUCGCUCGAUGCCGACCAGCUCAAGGGCAACUUCCGCGACAACGAUACCAUCGAUGGAAGCGACUGCGACCCCCUCCGCAUCGACGGAAACACUGGCAAGGCCUACUACCCUUGCGGUCUGAUCGCAAACUCCAUGUUCAACGACAGCUUCGUCACCCCUCGCCUGCUGAACCAGCGCGGCGAUGCCGACCCCGUCGACUACAACAUGACCAACAAGGGCAUCGCUUGGAGCAGUGACGGCGACCUGUACAAGAACACGGCUUAUACUGCCGACCAGGUCAGCCCUCCACCCAACUGGCGCAUCAUGUACCCCGAGUACAACGAGUCCAUCCCCAUCCCCAACAUCCACGACUGGGAAGAGUUCCAUGUUUGGAUGCGAACUGCCGGUCUGCCCUCGUUCAGUAAGCUGGCUCUGCGCAACGAUACCGCCACCAUGCGCAGUGGCCAGUACGAGAUGGAGAUUCGCGACUACUUCCCUGUCACCAUCUACGGCGGCACAAAGUCCAUCCUCCUGAGUACUCGCACCAUCAUGGGCGGUCGUAAUCCUUUCCUCGGCAUUGCUUACAUCGUCGUUGCCGGCGUCUGCAUUGUCCUCGGUGCUCUGUUCACCGCAACCCACCUGAUCAGACCCAGAAAACUUGGUGAUCACACCUACUUGAGCUGGAACAAUGAUCAACCCAGUACUGGCACCACUACUGGCAGAGCCUAGUCUUGGCCCCUCCUCUUUGAUGUUGUUCAUGUGUGCAUGCCGUCGAGCUGUUUCUUUUAUUGUACAUGGCGUUCGGAGGGGACCCUGGUAGGCUGGAUCUUCACUUGUUUUGUUACCCUCGAGAAAAUCACUCGAAUCAAGUUCUUUCCCUUACUCCGAUCUGGACCUUUCUCCUGCCUUGUAGUUGACUUUCAUUGCCAUCUGCUUUGUCGAUUCACAGCCGCCUGACAAGCAUUUUGCCCCAACAGUCCCUAUACGGCCAUGUCCCUCGCAUCUUUAGCCGCCGUCGCUUCUUCACCCUGUAAAAAGAUAUAUCCACACUCC